CCCUACUUUGAAUUUCAUUGGCUGGAGAGGUUCGCCUAUGGUAGCGAGACAUUUUGAACUCGCGCUUGCGCGGAUAAUUUGAAUUUUGUUUCUGGAGAGAACAAGGGGCGGAUGUGUUAUGGUGAGCGGCGAGAGCUAGCGGAGACACCGGAGCGCCGCCAUGGACCUGCAGAGCUGUGUACAAAUGUUUGAAGCGCACAUCGAGGGAUACAAUGGAAAUGAUCCACUGGAACUAUGGGACAGAUAUUUACUUUGGGCUGAAGAGGCACUCCCUCCUCAUGAGAAAAGAAACAUUUUAUGUUUGUUGGAACGUCUAGUUCGAAGCUUCAUAGGAGACAAGAGAUACUACAAUGAUGAGCGAUACCUCAAAUACUGCCUGCGAUUUGCAGAAACAAUGGAUGAGCCUACUCAGUUCUUUGAGUACCUUUACAGCCAAGGCAUAGGUACCAGCUCUGCUAUUCUGCACGUUAUCUGGGCUCAGCAGCUGGAAGCGAAGGGUGACCUCCACAAUGCAAGUGUCCUCUAUACUAAAGCAAUGGAAAACAGAGUAGAGCCUAAGGACCUCUUGGAUAACCACUACAGAGCAUUUCAGAUGAGGCUUUCUCAAAAGAAUAAACCAGACCAAGAUAACUCUGUGCAGCCUCUUAGGGAAUCCAGGGUAGUAAAUCAGAUGGCGCCAGUGUCAGAGGUUGACCCAUCAUCCCUUGGCAAAUGCAGGAACUCUACAGCAAAUCAGAAUCCAGUAGUGAAAGAAUCUGAAGUGCCCGUCUGUCGAGAGGAGUCCAGUGUGAACAAAUAUGUAACUAUUUCCAGGUCAGCCGUGGUACCUCAGCCAGUUGCACCUUCAUAUUCAGAGAUGAAGCAAGUUCCCAUGUACUGUAAGGACAAGCUAGUCUGUGGGGAUUCUGAGAUGUCCCUUGAAGAAUUUAGAGCAAUCAUCUACAGAAAGAAACAGGAGCAGCGAGAGAAGAUGCAGCAGUGGGCGGAAGAAGACAAGAAAUACAAGUUAGUUAAAGAGGAAGCAGCUCUCUGUGAGCAUUUGCUAAAAGAGAAGAUGGAACAACUAAGCAGCUUACUAAGUGUACAAGUAUCAACAAGUCUGAUUCCUCCAGAACAGACUAAAACUGUGCAGCCUGUUCCUGGCAUGAUGGCACCACUGGGAUUAGAAUCAACUAGUUUUUCAGUGCAUACUGUUUCAAGCUUGCAUCAAGCUCCCAUAUCUGCAACUCCCAAAGAGACAGCUGCUCCUCCCUUGCCACAACCCUCUCCAUCUUUUGGAAUUGACCUGAGUUAUAGUCAAACGCCUCUUGAGCACCAGCAAUUAAUGCUUUCUGCUCCAGUGCAACAUGUUAACUCCAUACUUCAAAGAUCCGAUCCAGCAUUGCAACAGACUUCUCAUGUAGCAUUGGUCGACAAUAUGUUUAUGAAGUCAGCCACGCUCCCAGAGAGGUCAGCAUCUGUUAUUCCUGAUGUACCAAAACCUUUGGGUCCCAAUUCAAGUGCUGUAAUGGUAAAAUUACCUUCUGGGAUAAGAGAAGGAAACAUAUCUGGUUUAGCAAAUUCAUCACGUGUCACUCCUAAUACAUCGCUAGGAUUUGUGCAAGCAACUCCAUCCAAAGUCCUUCCAUCACCCACAGUUAACACGAAGGAAGCACUGGGUUUCAUAAUGGACAUUUUCCAGACUUCCACUGUCGCUGGCGAUGAAGAAGAGGACAACCCAUUUGAAGCUACUGAUCCAAACAAGCCUAAUAUUGAGGCCUUGUGCCGAAAUGACAACAACACAAGUUCUGCUGGAGGUGGUCUCAUUGGUCUGCAGAAUGUCGUUCCUGCAUUGCCUUCCACGUUUUGCAUCUUUGAAGAUGACGCUGCUAAAGGGACCACUCAAGUCAAACCAGUAGAAGGGAGACAUUUUGGAGAGCGCCCUGCACUAAAACCAGCUCUUAAAAAUGAGGAGGUUAAGGCCGCAGAGUCUCUGGUAGACGAUUGUACCAUAUGGGCUGCACGCUGUAACAAAACGUUGGCUCCUAGCCCCAACAGUACUGGAGACUUUGCGCUCGCAGCUCGACUUGCAUCAACUCCUGCCAGUGACAAACAGAUUUGGCAAACUACAAAAGAAAAAGAAAACACAAUGACUGUGGAUGAUGGCUGCCACAUGGCCUUUGACUAUUCUGAGGAUAAAAUUGUACAGGCAUCCAAAAUCAGGAAACUAAGCCCUAUUCAAGAACAAAGUCCUGAACAAUCUAAGAUAGCAGUCAAUGUCCCAUCGCCCUCCUCUUCUAGUAUGUUCCCUGUGCAGGAUCCACAGGUCGCUGUAGAGGCAGAUGAAGUUGAGCAGACUGAAAAGCGCCUGGCAGCAUGCAAGCUCUCAGAUACCUUACAGCGCAGCUCAGUGAACAUGGAAGACCCUUGGGGCAUAACAACGCAGCCAUUUACUGUAUAUGAUGAAGAGCCUGAGCUGGCCAUUGAAAAGCAAACAGAAGAAGGUGUCAUAGAACAAGUAAUAAUUGAGAAUGCCUGGGACGACAACCUGAUUGCCAGUUUUUUGUCUCAGCUACCAACACCUCUUAGCUCCCUAAGUGGUUAUCACCAUUGGCAAACAAAUGUCCCAUCCUUUAAAUUGAAAAUGGAAGCAAAACUGGGUUCACAAUCCUAUUAUGUUGAUAAUUUACUUGGAGAGGGAGCUUUUGCACACGUGUAUCAAGCAUCCAGAUUUGAUAUACAGACGCAGAGCAAUCAGAAAGUCAUUUUAAAGGUUCAGAAGCCAGCAAAGCCAUGGGAGUUCUACAUUGGAACACAGAUUACACAACGAAUGAAGCCAGAGUUAAGGCAUCUCUAUAUCAGUUUCCAUUCUGCACAUAUAUUUUACAAUGGGAGUGUACUGGAGGGAGAUCUUUACAGUUAUGGGUCAUUACUGAAUGCAAUCAAUUUGUACAAGAAGUUGACUGAGAAAGUGAUGCCAGUGCCACUAGUCAUGUAUUUUGCUAUCAACAUCUUAUAUAUGGUUGAGCAACUUCAUGACAUUGGUAUCAUCCAUGGAGACGUCAAACCUGACAAUUUUGCACUGGGAGAGAAGUUUAUGGAUAAUGAAUCUGUUAACCUGGACCUUUUAUCCCAUGGACUGGCACUGAUCGAUCUAGGUCAGAGUAUAGAUAUGACCCUCUUCCCCAAGGGAACAGCAUUCACUGGAAAGUGUGAGACAUCAGGAUUUCAGUGUAUUGAAAUGCUCACCAACAAGCCAUGGAAUUAUCAGACUGACUACUUUGGAGUAGCGGGAACAGUUCAUUGCAUGCUAUUUGGCAACUACAUGAAAGUCCGUGAGGAGCAUGGGGCAUGGAAGACAGAAGGCAAUUUUAGAAGAUUAGCAAAUGGAGAGUUGUGGUUAGACUUUUUCCAUACAUUGCUGAAUAUCCCCGAUUGUCACAGCCCAUCUCCACUCAAACAUUUACGCGAGAAACUGACUCUAACCUUCCAGACAAUGUACAGUAAGAAAAUAAAAUCUCUGCGCAACAGACUUGUUAUUCUGCUUCUAGAAAACAAGCCGUCAAGGAAGUAAUCUGGACAAAAAUUUUAUCCUAAAAGAAAAAACUAUUUUUUUAUGUGAUGGACAGCAAAAGUGUUUCUUAUCCGUUUCUAUAGUUUUAUGGUAUUAAAGUCUUUUUUUAUAAUGGCAUUGCAUGAACUUGGACACAAAUUUUAGAGAGUAUCACUCACUUCAACCACAGUAUUGCAGUCAUCACCAAACUCCUUGGAAGUCCUUUUUUUUUUUUUUCUUCUGGGCUUGUUCAUGCAGAUGCCAAUAAAAAUUCAGGUGAGACAAUCUGAAGAUAAAAUGCCAGAUUUUUCCAACAUUGUAAAAGAUGCAAAAUCCUUGUCAGCAAUCUGUGUUCAACGGCCGCAGUAGAAGGUAAAAGUGCUCUAAAAGUGUAUAAAUAGUCUUAAAGGGGUACUCUGCCCCUAGACAUCUUAUCCUCUA